UAACAAUUCAGAAACACUUUAUUACUGUGAUCAUGUUCCCUAUUCAUAUUGAACAAUAUCCUGCCUCUUUCUAUCACCGCAGCCAACCUCAAUUCUCUUUGGACGAUUAUGUUCAACUCCAAUUGGUACUUGCUCAAGAACAAGCUCAACGUCAACAAGCUGCUGCUUUCAAGGCCUAUCAAAGACAGAAAAAAGAACAGCGUCGUCUCGAACGUGCUAUGUACAAGCUCCAGGUUAUGGCUGAAGUCCAACGUCGUCGGGAACAAGAAGAACUUGCUAUCCAAGCCUAUUAUGCUGCUAAGCGAGAACAACAACGUCAAAAAUGGCUUGUGCAACAGCAACAAGAGUACUUGCGUUGCAAACAAGCACAAGAAGAACAAAAAGCCUAUUAUCAAGCUCUUAUUGAAAAGCAGUUAGAACAAUAUCGCAUGCAUGCUUUGGAGCAACAAUUGAAAUCAAAUGAACUUAUGCAUCCCAGUCAUGUCAAGCAAUGCCCCUUUACUGAAGAAGAAGUCGAAUCUGAUGCCGAAUCUGAAUCUGAAACAGACGAAAAACUUAAAUCGCUUGUUAAGAUGAUCUUUGGUUAUGAAGAAGAACAAGAAUCCGAGGUCGAACAGGAAGAGCAAGAGCAAGAAGAACAAGAAACAUUUGAACAACCUGAAGAGCAGCAAAACAUGACAAUGGAUGAAUUAAUUGACUAUGUCUCCAAAAAAGCUCAAGAAUUAGACAACAGUGACCAUGAAGAAGAACAAGAAGAUACAAUGGACUUUGAACAUAUUGCUGAUGACGAGGCUGACUCUAUGGAUCAUGAAAUGAGCGAAAGCGAAGAAGUUCCUGUUCUUAUCGAUUCAAAUGGUUCUGUACAAGAUCUUGUAAAUGAAAUCCUUGAAGAAGCAAGCGACGACGAUGAAGAUGAAGAUGAAAUUUUCUCAGAAGACCCUGUCAAGGUUGCUAAACUUGAUGCCCUGAAUCGUAUUGAGCAAGAAUUAGAUGAAGUCCGACAGAAACAUGAAGAUCACAUACUCCGCGGUACUCUUAAAUUCCCUGAAAUUGAAGAAGGUCGCUCUACAUCUCCUGAAACCCUCAGUGCAACUUCUGCUGAAAACAAAGAAUUCCUUGGCUAUGAAGAUCAGAUCAUGAAAUUAUUACUCAAGCUCGAUACAAUUGACUCUGAAGGUGAUGAGGAGAUCCGUAACAAGCGCAAGUCAUUGGUCAAGCAAGCUGAGAGAAUGCUAGAAACACUUGAUGAAUUCAAGCAAAAAGAAUGGGAACGUAUUAGUUGCAGUAGCCAUAGCGAUAAUGGUGAAGACGACUUUUAGUUUUUAGUUAAAUAUAUGUCUUUGUAUAUAUAUAUAUAUAUAUAAACUUGCUUGUACAUAG